CGGAGACAGGCGCAGCGGCCGCAGUGGCGGGGGACCGGAUCGCUGUGGCUCGGGCGGCGGCCGUCCGGCCCAGCUCCGGCCCCUGCCGGGGCGAUGCUCCCCGAGGCCGCGGGAUGAGUCAGUGACUCGGCGGCUGGCCUGGGCAUGGCGGACCCGGUGGCAGGCAUUGCAAGCUCGGCAGCCAAGAGUGUGAGGCCAUUCCGCUCCAGUGAGGCCUAUGUGGAGGCCAUGAAGGAGGACCUGGCCGAGUGGCUCAACGCCUUGUACGACCUGGGUCUGCCCGGUGGUGGUGAUGGCUUCCUGAUGGGGCUGGCCACAGGCACCACUCUGUGCCAACAUGCCAACGCUGUCACUGAGGCUGCCCGUGCUUUGGCUGCUGCCCGCCCAGCUCGAGGUGUGGCUUUCCAGGCUCACAGCGUGGCGCCCGGCUCCUUCAUGGCCCGAGACAACGUGGCCACCUUCAUCGGCUGGUGCCGAACGGAGCUGGGUGUGCCCGAAGUGCUCAUGUUUGAGACUGAGGACUUGGUGCUGCGGAAGAACGAGAAGAGCGUGGUGCUCUGCCUGCUGGAGGUGGCUCGGCGCGGGGCCCGCCUUGGCUUGCUUGCCCCUCGCCUCGUGCAGUUUGAACAGGAGAUUGAGCAGGAGCUGCGUGCGGCGCCCUUGGCCCCCAGUGCCCCCAAUGCCCCCACUGCUGAGGGGGACACCUCCGAAGCUGCUGCUGCCGCCCCAGGGGUUCCCACACGUGGGCCCCGCAUGACACCAAUGGACCUCCGCAACCUUGACGAACUGGUGAGGGAGAUCCUGGGCUGCUGCACCUGCCCAGACCAAUUCCCCAUGAUCAAGGUCUCGGAGGGGAAGUACCGCGUGGGAGACUCCAGCCUGCUUAUCUUUGUACGGGUGCUGAGGAGCCACGUAAUGGUUCGAGUGGGUGGCGGCUGGGACACCCUGGAGCACUACCUGGACAAGCAUGACCCGUGCCGCUGCUCCUCCACAGCCCACCGCCCCCCCCAGCCAAGGACCCGAACCUUCUCCCCCCAGAGGGGGUCACCCACUCCCAGCCCCCGAGCAGGUAGCCCAUCCCCAGGGGGUGAGCGGCGAGGCUCCCGGCCAGAGGUGACACCUAGUAGCUUACGAAGCUCAAAGGAGGGGCCCGAAACCUCACUCAGAGCCCGGGAUCAGCUGCCCCCCCAUCCCCGCUCCCGACGCUACUCUGGGGACAGCGACUCUUCAGCCUCCUCAGCCCAGAGCGGCCCACUUGGUGCCCGAAGUGAUGACUCAAGCACUGGCCCCCGGAGGGAGCGGCCUGGCCGGCGGCUGACCACAGGCACCCCAGCCUCCCCGAGACGACCCUCUGCCCCUCGCAGCCAGUCCCGAGACCAGCUAGAUCAGCUAGAUCGGGGGCGGCCGCGGGAGGCCCCAGGAGGCAGGAGAACCCAGCUGUCAACCCCUAGCCCUGCCCGAAGGGCCCGGAGCCAGAACCGCGAGGAGCAUGCUGUGCUGCUUGUGCGUAGGGACCGAGAUGGGCAGCACUCGUGGGUGCCACGGGGUAGGGGCGGCGGGGGCUCCGGUAGGAGCAGCCCCCACACUCCCCGUGCCUGCAGCCCCGCGGCCCCCCGGCCUCCCCGGGUCUCCAGCCCCAGUCCAGAGCUGGGCACCACUCCGGCCAGUGUCUUCCGCACCCCCCUGCAGCUUGAUCCACAGCAUGAACAGCAGUUGUUCAGGCGCCUGGAAGAGGAGUUCCUGGCCAACGCCCGAGCCCUUGAGGCUGCUGCUGGUGGAAUCCCCACUGGACCAGCCCCUGACCUGGCUCGGGCCCCAGACCCUCCAGCUCCUGACUCAGCCUACUGUUCCACCAGCUCCUCCUCUUCAUCCCUCAGCAUCCUGGGUGGCAAAUGUGGCCAACCGGGGGACUCUGGCCGGUUGGCCAAUGGGCUGCCUGGAUGCCGAGGUCCAGCCCUUUCCAGCUCUUCCGAUGAAGGUAGCCCCUGCCUUGCUGUGGGGGGGCUACCAGAUACAUCUGGGAGCCACCUGGCUGGGCCUGAGCCCCCGAGGACCUGGGCGCGGGGCCGGAUAGACACACAGCCAGACCGAAAACCCUCACGAAUCCCCACACCCAGGGGCCCCCGCCGCCCAUCUGCACCCACGGUGCCUGGGGCCUGGCAUGCCUUGCACUCGGUCAGCCCAAGGGCUGAGCCAGAUUCCUGGAUGUGAUGGACCAGCCCAGCUGCCCCCCAGGCCCCCUUCCGCCUCCUCUUCCUUUGUGGCCUUAACCCCUCUGCAUCAGGGAACACCCCCUACCCUGCGCCUCUUGGGUACCAGACCUCAUGGGACCAGACCCCUUAGGACCACAUGGCACAAUGGGACCUCUGUUGUACAUUCCGAUUGGGGGAUCAGCAUUGCUAUUUAAUUACUAAUAUUAUUGAAUGCCUUAGAGGAGGCUGGGCCAGCUCAGUGAGGACCCGUCCUGAGGUCCUGUGGCCCUGCAGAGCCUGACAGUAAAGUUUUGUU